AAACCUUAGCCCUUUUUUAGAGAGAGAAAGAAAGAGAGAGAGAGAGAGACUGAGACAACUCAUCAGUUGUUGCGGCUGAAAGAGAGAUAGAGAGAUCGAGAUCGAGAUCCACACGACGGAGAAGAGAGCUCACCGGCGGGUGAUGGGAUCUUGGCUUCCCCAGUAUUGCUUCCGCUUCGUCUUCUACUGUCACUCCCUCAACAAAUAGCAAUUACUUGAGAAGCUUAGCUGCAUUUUCUCCGAAACUCACGCACACUCUUUUACUCUGGAUUUGUAAUUCUUACGGUUGAACGUAGUGUUUAUUGUGGUAUUCAGACUUCAAAGUAACUUGCUCUGGGUUUUCUUUAAGUAACCAAAAUGGGUUCAAGAUACCCAUCUCAUCAGCUCAGCAAUGGGCUAUUUGUGUCUGGUCGGCCUGAGCAACCCAAAGAACGGCCUCCAACCAUGAGCGCAGUAGCCAUGCCUUACACGGGUGGCGAUAUCAAGAGAUCAGGAGAAUUGGGGAAGAUGUUUGAUAUUCCAACAGAUGGGACUAAGUCAAGGAAGUCUGGUCCCAUACCUGGUGCUCCUUCAAGGUCUGGCUCAUUUGCAGGAACUGCUCAAUCAGGUCCAGGUGCUCCUAUUGCCACUGGCCGUAUGUCUGGGUCUUUAGCCUCUGCUGGCUCAGUUUCAAUGAAAAAAACCAAUUCUGGACCUUUGUCUAAGCAUGGAGAGCCGUUAAAGAAAUCAUCUGGACCACAAUCUGGUGGUGUAACACGGCAAAAUUCUGGUCCUAUUCCUAUUCUUCCAGCUACAGGUCUCAUAACCUCUGGCCCUAUUACAUCAGGCCCUCUGAAUUCAUCUGGAGCUCCCAGGAAGGUUUCUGGUCCUCUAGACUCUUCUGGUUUGAUGAAGUCACAUAUGCCUGCUGUUGUCCACAACCAGGCGGUAACGACCCUUGGUCCAGAAGAUGACUUUUCCUGCUUGAAGAGCUUCCCAAAGCCUGUUCUGUGGCUGGUUGUUCUUAUCUUCAUAAUGGGUUUCCUCGCCGGAGGCUUCAUUCUUGGAGCAGUUCACAACCCAAUUCUCCUCGUUGUUGUCGCCAUAUUGUUCACAGUUGUUGCUGCACUUUUUAUUUGGAAUAUGUGUUGGGGGAGACGUGGUAUCACAGAUUUCAUUGCUCGUUACCCUGAUGCUGAUCUUAGAACAGCCAAAAAUGGUCAAUACGUGAAAGUCACUGGGGUGGUUACUUGUGGUAAUGUACCGCUUGAGUCAUCCUUCCACAGAGUCCCCAGAUGUGUGUACACGUCGACAUGUCUAUACGAGUAUCGUGGAUGGGGUUCAAAACCAGCCAAUUCUUCCCAUCGUCACUUCACAUGGGGACUGAGAUCAUCAGAGAGACAUGUGGUGGACUUCUACAUCUCUGAUUUUCAAUCUGGGCUCAGAGCCUUAGUUAAAACUGGAAACGGUGCAAAGGUGACACCUCUUGUAGAUGAUUCUGUUGUUGUCGAUUUUAAGCAAGGAAGCGAGCAAGUGUCUCCCGAUUUUGUUCGAUGGUUAAACAAGAAGAAUCUAACGAGCGAUGAUCGAAUAAUGCGGCUCAAAGAAGGAUAUAUAAAAGAAGGAAGCACAGUGAGUGUGAUUGGAGUGGUGCAGAGAAACGAUAAUGUGUUAAUGAUAGUUCCCUCAUCUGAGCCACUUGCAGCUGGUUGGCAAUGGAGGAGAUGUACAUUCCCUACAAGUCUUGAAGGAAUCGUAUUGAGAUGUGAAGACUCAUCAAAUGUUGAUGCCAUACCUGUUUGAGUUAUCAUCAUCAUCAACAUUCGAGUUUGGGUCAUUAAAUAUUUUUCAUGAAUCUGGAAAAAAAUGUGAUCUUCCUGGUGGCUUCAUUCGGUGGUGGUUGUAGUGUUAUUUUCUUUCUUUUUAAUUCUCAUUAAUUUUUUUUUCCUGUGUUCGAGUUAUUCCGGUUGGGAUGGUGAUGGUGGUGGUGGAGGGUGUGGUUUCAUUUUCUUAAGAUGAGCUAAUUGUUUUUUCUUCUUAUUCCUCUUCUUCGCCUUUUGGUUUGUAUAGCUCUUCAAGUCAAUUCUUUUCCAAUAGAACCUGUGUAUUUUUCUCAAGGUGUUAUGUUGUCUAAAUCUUUCCUUUUUGUGGAAACAUAUCUUUUUGCUGUUUCUUUUUAAACCCUAUCUGGUUGUGUCAUGUUAUAUGCCAUUUGUGUAUUCAUUCCUAA